GUAGGAUGUAAGGUUAAAAUGGUAUUUUUGUUUACUGGCUGUCGUUUCAUGCGUUAAGGAAAUGAAAGUUGAAUGGUUUCUUUGCAUUACAAUCCUUUUGAAUGUAAUAUACGGAUCUGCUGCACUGCAGAAUGAGUCUGACUACAUCACCCAGGAAAGUUGUGUUAGUACUUGUUCAUUACCUCCCUCCAAUCUAAAAUCACCAAAGAACUCAGUGUUGGGGAACAUACAGUGCUUAAUUUCUCCAUAUAAUGAUAAAUGUCCGAGUUUCCAGAACGCAACAGAUCACUACAGAUCUUCUUCACCCAGAAGUAAAACUGAAGAGGAAGAAGGCUGGUUUUUAUAUCAUGAUUACGCCAGUAACAUGACGAAAAUCAGUCUUAACAUUUCGUGGGGCCCUGAACAUGAUAUAACUACAAAUUAUGUAAGAGGAUAUCACAUUCGGAUGUCAAAAACUUCAGGCACAUUGCCAGUACAAUAUUAUGAAUUUAAUUACUGCCUGAAUCAUACGUUAAGUUUCAGUAUACCUAAUCACUUGUCAGCUGUUUUUUCUGUGUAUGAGUAUUUUAACAAUAAUGGUUCGUGCAAUAGACGUGUUGAAAUCUUACCUGGUGAUGUCUACAAAGCUUACAUUCAGAGCAUACCAGCGCUUGAUCCACCUCUGGAAAUCCCCGUAAAAGUACCCGACUGUACUCACCCAACUGUAGCAAAGUCUUCACCAUGUGUCAACAAAAUAACUUCACAUAUUGCAGAAAUAUUUUGUUUAAAUACCUCCGUUCUCUUUAAAUACUCGCUUCCAGUCGAGUAUGGCGGAGAAGCAGUUUUGGAAUUGUGCAACUCUGAGAAUGAGUGUCGUUCUUUUGUUCGUGAAAUUGAUUUAAAUUGGUACGUUUCGGUUCCUAAGCAAUGGCAGAUUGGAUUGCUUGAUGAUGCUAAGUUCACUAUUACAGUACGUGGUUCCAAUCAACCUUCUAUUUUCUCCAUACAUAAGUUUAGCUUCGAAAAGUGCAAACAUACAAUUUAUUCUGGUGGUGUUAUUGCAGCGAUUGUUUCACCUAUUUUAAUUUUCCUCUUGGUAGCAGUCUUGUUAAUGAUCAAAUUUAGAAAACAGAUUCGGCGUAUGAUCUAUAAGAGUCACACUAAUGUGCCUUCUGAAGAAUCUCACCAAUUAAACACAGACAACCACAAUUCUAUUACUCCAAUUGAGUUACGAAAAAAAAUUAAUUGCGUAAGUAACUUGUUCCUUGUGUAUUGGGAUGACCACAAACUACACAGAGAUGUUGUGCUGAAGUUAGCCUCCUACCUCCAGCAUCUUGGCUUCAAUGUCUUCUGUGAGCUCUUUGAACAAAAUGAAAUUUUUGCUGAUCGCUGCGAUUGGAUGGAAAAACGGAUGUCACAAGCAGAGAAGGUAGUUAUUGUUUGGUCCGCUGGUGCAAUUGAUAUUUGGAAAAAAUGUCAAAACCAGCAGGAUGCAUUUGAGGUUACCAAUUCUGACUUUUUUACCCCUGUGGUAAAAAAGAUUAAAAACGAUCUUAUCAAAGAAAGCAAUCUUCGAAAAUAUUGUUUCGUUUACUUUGGUUAUGUUAAAAUGAAGGAAAUUCCAACUAUUUUCCGGGAAUUGAGCGGUUGUCACUUUCAGCUGAUGAAGCAAUUUCAGGAGUUUUAUUUCCAGCUUAAAGACUUAGAGAUGUAUGCGCCAGGUAUGAUGCUCAAACAGGACGAUCUCUCCAACCCUUCCAAACACAGCAAUGGAUACCAAUCGUCUCUAAUUGAUGCAAUUUGUUUAAUGAAUCAGUUUGUUGAAAAGCAUCCUGAUUGGUUUAUAAGAAACGAAAAUAUGUAUAAAACUGUUUCGGACAGUUAUUUUCAUUUUGAGGAUUCUGAAACUGUGAUGGUGAACCAACUAAACCUAGUCAAACCGCCAAUUAUUCAACUUAAGUCACCUAAAUUGAAUGAGAAAUCCGAGUUACCAUCUUGUAACCAAACUCUGACUAUUAAAGGGGUUCAAACUCCAAACAACGCGAUUCCAAAUCUAUACACCAAUCACACUGUUGGCAUGAGUGUUCGGUGCCCAGUUGAACAUGACGAUUCAAGCACACCUCCUAACUCACUUGACAGUGGUUACACAACCAACUUUGGGGCAGAACCAACUGGGUCCAACCGGUUUGAACUGGAAUGUGAGGAAGAUGAAGAUCAGCUGGAAGAUCAACCUAUUCUUUACUCUGGUAUAAAGGAGACCUGUAUGGUUGACCAACCUGAAGCACACUCCAAUGGUUACAGUGUGAAUCCUCCAAUCAGUCUUGUUCCUUUGGAUUAUAAAAGUGACCCGUGGCAAUCAAUGGCCACCAUAAACAAUGUGUCUAAUACUUGAUUUUAAAUUUACUUUUAUUCUCUGAUUUAUUCAAUUUUUUCUCCGAUCAUCAAUUACACCUUCAGUUUGUUUGUUGUAUUCAUCACUGUAUUUACACUGAUUUUUUCAUUAUUCUGUCCAUUCUUUUAUGUUGAAUUUAAAUCAAUUAUUUUCAACGAAGCAAAAUGCCUAACUUGGACUUCUAUGGUAAAACCCCUUCUUUGAAUACUUUUCUAAAAUUUGUAUGUAUAAAUAUUAGAUUAAUGUAGCUACUUUAUUUAGACAGACUAUCAAACUACAUAUGUAGUUUCUGUGUUUAUCAUAAAUAUAACUAGUGACUUAUUAUUUGUGCUGUUGCUUAAGAUAAAGUAGUACUAGUUACCUUUAUUGAUUCAAAGUUCUGAUUCUGCACAAUUAAAUUUGUGAUAAAAAAUUGUGGACAUAAUAACUUCAAAAAACUUUACAGCAUUUAUCAUUUUAUUGUGUAAUAACAUAUGUGCUAUAAUAACAACAGUAAGCCUUUUUACACUAUCUAAGUUCCUUUAUGUGAUUUAAUGUUAUGUUUUAAUUUAUAUA